CGCCGAUCAUUCAACCCGCCUCCCAUCCAUCAACGCCGAUCAUUCAACCUGCCUCCCAUCCAUCAACGCCGAUCAUUCAACCCGCAAUGGUGAAGUGGACUGAAGAGGAAGAUGCCGAGCUUGUUCGGCUCGUAGGCAUUCAUGGGGAGAAGAAGUGGGCACUAAUCAGCGGGCUUAUUCCGCCAAGAACUCGUGGAUCUGUCCGAGAACGAUGGGUGCAUAAUUUGGAUCCGAAUCUCAACAAAAACCCGUUCACCCAAGAAGAAGAUGCUAUCAUUAUGGAAGAGGAAGCACGGGGUACCGCGUGGAGUGUUAUGCUCAGCCGAUUAGCCCGUGGUCGAACCGAUAGAAUGGUCAAAAACCGAUACAAGAACACCCUCGUUAAACGGAGGAACCAACCGACAUUAGAGGAGCUUGAGGCAAGUUAUGAUACCUUCUUAGCGAAGGCUGCAGAGUUAGGUCGCGACAUAGCCUUGAGAAAGGCGAAAAUGGCGGCGGAGGCGGCGACCGAUGUGGCGGAGACGGCGGAGACGGCGGCCGACGUGGCGGAGACGUUGGCCGAUGCGGCGGAGGGGGCGGCCGAUGCUGAUCUCGUGCUGCCUCUGCCACAUUGGCCUUCCAAGGAAGUUAGGGCAGCAUUUAUCGCCUUUUUCGAGGGGAAAGGCCACGCCAAUUGGACUGUUCCUCUUGUUCGCCACGAUUGCCAAACUCGUCAUUUUGCCGGUAUGAAGCUCUACAAUCCGAUCUUCUUGGGCACGAAUGACCCUGACACAAACCGUGCUUGCUACACUCAGAAGUGUAUUGGUGUGAGCGAGUAUACUCAACACCAUACAUUUUACGAGGUGCUGAAAACUGGUCUUUCGGGAACUGACUACUUUAAGGAGGAGGCCAUUCAAUGGGCUUGGGAGCUCCUUACCAAGGUGUAUAAGUUGCCCGGCGAGAAGAUUUAUGCUACCUAUUUUGGUGGCGAUGAGGAGCUAGGCCUUAAGGACGCUGACGAAGAAGCCAAGAAAGAAUGGCUCAAAGUUCUUCCUGCCAGCCGAGUCUUGCCUUGUGAAAACAACUUUUGGAAGAUGGGGGAUACUGGACCCUGUGGACCCUGUACUGAAAUCCAUUUUGAUAGCAUUGGCAGACCUGAUGGUGCAUCCUUAGGGAACAAAGAUGAACCUACAGUGAUUGAGAUAUGGAGUCUCGUGUUUAUUCAGUACAACAUGGAAGCUGGAGUACUGAAACCACUGACUGCGAAACAUGUUGGCACUGGGAUGGGUUUUGAAAGAUUAACUUCUAUUCUUCAGAAUAAGAUGAGCCAUUAUGAUACUGACAUUUUCAUGCCCAUAUUUGAUGCAAUACAACAGGCAACUAAAGCCCGUCCAUACACUGGGAAAGUUGGAGCUGAUGACCUAGGUGAAGUUGACAUGGCCUACAGGGUCGUUGCAGACCACAUUAGAACAAUUUCAUUCGCCAUAGCUGAUGGUUCUUGCCCAGGUAACGACGGGCGUGGAUAUGUGUUGAGGCGCAUCCUUCAACAAGCUGUUAAAUAUGGUACUGGAGUCCUGAAAGCUCAGCCAUACUUUUUCAGUGGGCUGGUGCAAGUUGUGGUAGAUGUCAUGAGUGAUGAUUUUCCAGAGCUGAAGGAACAUUACAUAAAGAUUAGGGACAUCAUUGCGGAUGAAGAGGCCAGCUUCGGCAGUACUUUUACCAAAGUAUUGUCAUUGAGUCAGGGAACUGAGAAAUUUAAGAAGGCUGCUCAAGAAGUCCAAGGGAAAACACUUGGUGAACAGAGCCUAUAUUUGGUAUCAGAGCCUAUUGGAGGGGCUUGAUCAUAAACUGUGAGUGAUAUCCACCCAAGCUUGCAAGGAUCAAGUGUGGGGCUUGUCACGAAUAUCAGUGACAGCACAUUGGAGGGGCUUGAUC